CUAUGGGUACCCAAUGCAGUACCUACAUUAGUAUAAUUACUAAGAAUUUUCGAAGUACCCAUAUCGGGUACCUUGCUGAGGCUUUCUCAGUACAUGGGUACCUUGAACUCAGUACUUUCUCUAGGGUAAUAACACACAUUGAAAUAUUUAGUAUCCUGUUUAUUUUUUCUUUCACCUGUAACAAAAGAAUGAAUAAUGAUCUAGUAAAAUUAUUUUUCUAAUUGACUAAAAUAAAUUUAGAUCCCUGUGCUAACGGAAAAGAUCAACAAAACAAAACAACUGCACAGCGACCUGAUUUUUGGAAAGAAAAACUUCGUGCUCGUCAGUUUCGAUUUAAGUGUCCGCUAGUGUCUCGUCAAAAUAUAGCCAAUGUCGAAGAUACAUAUGGUGUUCGAUUGGGCACUGAUAUGCGACUUUGUGAAGGACCCUAUGUAAUUUUACAUACACAUCUACUUAAGGUUCAUAAACUUAAUCGACCCAUUGCGACACUCUUAGUUGAUGCCAUUCAAGAAAAACAAAUUGAACAAAUGGAAAUAUCGAGUUUGGAAAUGGAAGUAAAUGAAGGAAAAGUAGUUUAG